AUGGCUCGCACUAACACCACUCAUCCCGCAGCGGCAUCGCGAUCCACCACACUAAACAAAGGGCAGGACGCGCGUUUCGCUUCUUUUUUAAGGAACGAAGCGUUGGGACAAUUUGCGGAGCUCGCUUCUUCAGACAGCGAGGAGGAGGAAGACGAUGACCAAAUGCAGAUUGAUGAUGGGAAGCAGACUACACGAGCAUGGGAAGAGAACGAACGUGACGAGGCACCUUAUGCGUAUGCAGGUGGGCCACAGAGUGAUUCCUUAGCCACGACCACGCCACCACGAGCGGCAGAUUUCAACCAAUCCGCCCGGUCAGCUAGCGCCGCUCAAGAGGACGAGGUAAUGCCUUUAGCAACAACAGGGGGAGCGACCACUGCUGCUGCCGCCCGGGCGACCGAGCAGCACUCACAGAGCCGAUUGGAGAUCACCACCACCAGCGCUGUGCGCUCUUUGCUCACUACGCCAGAGCCAGACUACGCUCAGCUGGAGAACCAGUGCCGCCACACCACUAGGCUGGUCCUCAUGAACUUCGGACGAUGGCGCAAUGUCGUUCAUGCCAGACUCGGACUACCCAUCCUUGAUGCGGCUUAUCGCCAGAACGCCUCGGACGCAGAUCUCCAACAGGAAGAACAACACAUUCACGCAGCGUACGGGAUUGACGCUUACUCAACUGGAUCUCAGCAGGGAUGA